UCUCAGAUAAGGAAGUGCCAACGCGAAACGAGCUUCGUCUUCGCCUGCACUGCUAAAGCGCAUUAGGAACGCCUUCUGCCUGAUACACAGCUCGUCCGCGCACUGACCCGCGCGGAAGAUGAAGAGGGCCAAAGCAGCAGCAGCAGCAGCAGCCGGCGACGACGCCGCCGCUCCCCGGCAGAAUGGCCCCGCUGGCCGCAGGAAAGGGGAACGGCGGCAGAGCGAAGAGGACGAUGGCGACUGUAACUUCGGUGCAGAUGACCUGCAAGGCGACGACAAUGACCCGGGACUCCGCAGGGAGAUACGGAGCAAGUACCGUGACCUCAUCAACUCGGUGCAACAGAAUCGAGAAGAUAUGCUGAGGCCCUCCAACAACAAGCUCACAGAAGUUUUAGAAGAGGCUAACAAACUCUUUAAAGAUGUACGGCAGGCGAGGGAAGCGGCUCUGGAUGCGCAGCUCCUGGUCGUGGCCACGGAUCUGGGGAAGGAGAAAGCCAGCCAACUGUUCUCCGAGGGCACGGCUUUCGAUUCCGCGGCUUUCGCCGAGCACCUUCUGUCCUUCAUGGGUCUCAACCGCCUGGAGGACGGGGAGGACGACCAGCAGAACGGAGGGGCAGUUGACGGCUACCUGCCCCAGGACGCUUGGCACCGGGUGGCCAGGAGAGCAGAGAGCUGCGUCCGGGCAGCGCCCUCCUUCCACUACAUGAUGGGUUCGUUCCACGCAGAGCCGCCUCCUCCAAAGCAGCGGCUAGAACGGCAAAAGAAGGCCUCCACCAAGGAGGCGAAAAGGAUCAUGCCGACGCAGCUGAAGAGAAUGGAAGGCUCGCAUCAGGAAGCGACAGAGAAGGAGGUGGAGAGGAUCCUGGGAUACCUGAAGAGUUAUUUCCAAGAUGAUCCAACGUCGCCGAUAUUGUAUUACGAGUUUGUCAUCGACCCAAAGUCCUUUUCCCGGACAGUUGAGAACAUUUUCCACACGUCUUUUCUGAUCAGGGACGGCUUGGCCCGCAUGUACUUGGAUAAUUCCAAAUUGCCAUGUAUAGAACCCGUAGAGGAGGGCGAGGUGGAAGCAGGCGGGUCGGUCAGCCGUAAACAAUGCAUCGUCUCUAUUAGCCCCAAAAUGUGGAAGGAGCUUAUUGAGGCCUUCGACAUCAGAGACACAAUGAUUCAGCCGAACACGCAGAAUGAGUGACGCCUCAAACAGAAUGUUGUUUUUACUUGUUGUUGUGUUUUUAAUUUGUAUAUAAUAAAGCCAAAAAGUUCUAAACUGUCAAAGGCCAAAUUUCAGUGAAGGUCACUCUUGUAUCAUAGCACCUUGAGAUCCCAAUCACUCAGUUUCACAUUCAUUUUAAAUUUCUCCUAUUUUUUAUUUUUUUUUACCAUUUUUAGAAGUUUGAAUAAUAAAAAAAUAAAUAUGAGAAAAGGUUGGUACUGUUAUAUUUAAUGUGUUGUUUAUAUAUGUAAUAAUCUGUUUCAAUGUUUGGAUAAUCACUGGUUAGGAAAUUAUGAGCGUAUCUAUGGCGACGGCUGAGCCGGUGGCUAGCAGCUAACUAACUAACUGAGGGGGGGGGGACGCCUCCGCAUGUACAGCUUUGGUUGGAAAGAUUUUGUCAGCCGUUACUGCCUAAAGAGCGCCGUCCAGGACGGCUGCCAUGAGCUCGGUGCCAUGUAAACGAAGCAAAGCCGCUGGGAUACACAUUACUGCACUACAUUUUCACAUAUCUGUAACUACAUGUGUAAUGUGUCCUGAUGUUCAGAGGAUUUGCCAGCAUUUUUUAUGUUGUUUUUAAAUAAAUUUGAAAGUCUUUGUU